AUGGCAAAUAUUCGUGGAGAACCAGCUCCUAGGAAAGAACAACCUUGGAGUGAUCUAGAACAUGAAGGGUUAGAAGAAAUUCCUGACCUUCCUGAAUUAGACACCUCUCCAGGAUUCCAUUUGCUUGAUGAUCUAGAGCCUGUUGAAAAUCCAAAGCCUAUGGUGUUUCUUCGAGAAACACAUAGAUCUUUUUCGGGAUAUCAAGGGAUGUCUGGGUCGAAAAUCAAUAUGUAUUCAACUUUUCUUAUGAGAGAACUAGUUCAAGAAGGAGUGGUUCCAGAUUUUUCCAUGUGGAGCGUCACAGAUACAACAGCCCGUGAAACCUUCAAGAUGGUUGCUAGGAAAGUUGAUGUGUCUCCAGUGGAAAACCAUGAUCAUUAUCCUGCGUUGCUUUCUAUAGCAAGAGGGAUGGUACAAUUUCUAAAAUUGAGAGGAGCCCGUAUGCGUAUCUUAAGACCAGAUGAAAUAGUCUCUCUUGCUAAUCGUAAAUCAGGAAUGGGUUUGCAGGAGAGAAUGUUAGCCACUAGUAUGGGUGAUUAUCUAGACAGUGGCCUCUGGAGGAAAAGGAAAAAAGAAGUUGCAGAAGAUCUUUUACAAGGAUACACGGAUCUUGGUUUUUUCAAUAGUAUGGGGAAGAAGGAAAAGAAGAAAAUCUCUGGUUUCAAAGGUUCAAGACUAAUAUGGUAUUUGCCUGCAACGAUGCGCUUAGUGGAACUUGAAAACUUGGGUUUUUUGAUGGAGAUACUUAAGGAAUUUCCUUUUUCUGUCUCGGGUUUUCCACUGUAUGAUUAUGGUCCAUUAAUGGAGCUAGCGUUUCAAGGAUGUGAGUGUUUUUUGGCAGAUGAUGUCGCCUCGUGGGAUACGAGAAUUUCAGUUGGUGACCUGAGAAUUGAACAUUGGAUGCUCCAAGAAAUAACCCAAGAUGAGAGACAGAAGAAGCUGAUAACAGCUUUGUAUCGUAUCUAUGCAAAUAAAAGGGUUAUGAUUGAUAGAGAGAGAGACUUUGAUGAGCCUGGUGAUAAACCAUGCGUAAGAUCUUUAUUUUCCGUCCGAGGUCAGAGAGGUUCAGGAGAAAAUGUCACAUACGCGAUGAAUACUAUAACGAACGCAAUAUUGACAUAUUAUAAAGUGGCUAAAACACUAGGGGUUCCUGAUGAAGAAUGGGAAGAUUGGACUAAGAGAACUCUACUGAAACAAAGAUCGAGACUCGACACCGGAUUAGCGCAGGAUUGGAUGGCUCUGAUAAGUGGUGAUGACUCUGUGAUAGGAGUCAAACAGUACAUGGCCCAAGGGUUGUCCAAGAUCUCUGCUGAAAUUCAUGCAGCUGUUGGGAAACCACGGAAGGACAUGGCAACAUCAAUAUCUUCACGGAUAUAUCCGAAUCUUGACUCUGUCCCUUUUUGUUCUCAUUAUUAUAUAAAUGUGGAAUUUGCCGGAGUUAAGAGAAGAAUGCCUGUUCGGUCUUGUGGAGAGAUCCUAGCUAAAGCUCGUAUAAUGUUGGAUUUUCCACCAUCUCUUGAGACUGAAGAAGCAUGGGCUAGAGCAACGGGAUUUCAACUACUUAUCACUUAUCCCCAUCUUUUGGAAAUACGUUUAGUGGCCUUGGCUUUAUUAAGUUCUACCAGACCAACAUUGCGUCUUGAGGGACUUAGGAAAAACCCGACAUUCGAUGUGCAACCAUGGCUCUUGGGGAAUGAUGCUGUAGAAGUAGUCAAUCAAUGCUUAUUUGGAGUGGCGACGAACUUUCCUAGUAAUGUCCGGAUCAGGAAUUUCUUCGAUGUGGAAAUUAUCAGACCUCGUGAGUAUCAAGGUCCAGGAUUGGGAAGAUUACGGAAAGAAUGGAAAAUGUUGUUGGCUUCCAGGAUAGUUGCCUUGAACUCAAUUCAUGGGAAUGGAGUUGCUGAUAAAUCAUUUUUUCAGUAUGCUCAUCCUACCUGGAUUCAAGACACAACUCCUAAAGCAGGUGACAUCAAAUGGUUAGAAAGAUCUAUGUCUGAGAUGAAACUUUUACGUCAUUUAGCACAUACUGUUUAA